AGUUGGAACCUAGUCGCCAUACAAGACAGGUGAAAGAUAGCCGCCGCAGAAUGCAGUUGAAGUGAUAACAAUUGUAAGAGUCUUCACUUCAGACGUGUGCCGAAGUUAGUGCGAUGGUCUCAGUAGCCUGUCCAGCGACGGUGUUGCUGUGCUAUCUGGCGUGGCAUCUACCUAAACUAAUUGACCAGCAGCAAGAAAUUGGAAGCUUAUUUCCUCCCUUCAGAAUAUUUGAUGGUGAACGAUAUGAUUUCAUAAUCGUGGGUGGAGGAUCAGCAGGUUGUGUUGUGGCCAGCAGGUUGUCGGAGAUAAGCGACUGGAAAGUGCUACUCCUGGAAGCGGGCGGGGAAGAGCCCCCACAGGUGGAUGUACCGGCUUACACCCCGUUUAGCUGGGAGACCAGUGUUGACUGGCAAUUCCAAACGGAGCCACAUGAAGGAUACUGUGGAGGAAAGUCGUGUACAUGGAACGCCGGGAAGGUUCUUGGAGGAGGAAGCGUUCUCAAUGGAAUGAUAUACAACCGAGGAAAUGCUCGGUCCUACGAUGCAUGGAAGAAACUGGGGAACGAUGGUUGGGGAUUUGAAGACGUCCUUCCAUAUUUCAAGAAGUCUGAAAACAAUGGAGAUCCCCCCAUCGCUGCCAACAGCAGGUACCACGCGGUGGGAGGUCUCUUGAACGUGCAGAGGCUCCCGUACCAGGACAAGAACGCACAACUUAUCGUCGAGGCAUUCCGGGAGCUCGGCUACACGAGUGUCGAUAUCAAUGGCGGCACCCAAACCGGGGUCACAUUGCUGCAGUUUACUCAAAAGGAUGGAAGUCGAAUGAGCACUAACAGAGCCUUCAUCGAGCCUUUCCGCGGUGACAGAAAGAAUCUUAAAGUUGUAACGAACGUUAGAGUUACAAAGGUCCUUAUUGACCCAAACAAGAAAACGGCUUAUGGGGUGGAAUAUGCAUGGGAGAAGCACAGACAUAUCAGAGGUAAAGUUUAUGCUAAUAAGGAAGUCAUAGUUAGUAGUGGAGCACUAAAAUCGCCACAAGUGCUCAUGCUCUCUGGAAUUGGUCCUCGAAGCAUCCUUAGUGCAGCAGGUAUUGACGUCAUUGAGGAUCUACAAGUUGGUCAGAACUUACAGGAUCAUGUUUCAAUGCCAGGGAUUGUAUUCAAACUGGGGGAGAAACAGCAGACCCUGUCAAGCAACCAGAAAGUACUGAGAGACAUUCUUGAGUAUGCACGUCAUCAUAAAGGGCCACUUUCCGGGACAGGUUCCCUCGAAGCGUCUGGUUAUAUAAAGUCUCGAUAUGCUGAUCCAGCUAUCGAUUAUCCUGACAUCCAGUAUUUCAUUCCGCCACAAACAGUGUUUAACACCAGCUCACGUGAUGUGCGUAUCACCACUCCAUUUUCUGAAUACAAUCGACUUAUGUUCCAGCCUGGCGUUAUGUCGGAAAAGAGCGUUGGGUACAUCACAAUUAAGAAAAAGGACCCCUUUCUCCAGCCUAUUAUAUUUCCAAAUUAUUUUGCAAAUAUUGAAGAUUUGAAUGUAUUUAUUGACGGUUGUAAUUUUGUAGCCAAGAAUUUGUCCAACACAAAAGUGUUUAAGGAUGUGGGUGUGUCUUUAGACACAACGCCUUUGCCGAAAUGUGCCCACGUAGAAUUUGGCACCAACGACUACUGGGCUUGUCUUGCAAGGAACUACACCUUGACGCUUCACCAUUUCAGUGGAACUUGUAAGAUGGGUCCUGACAGUGACCCAACAGCUGUUUUGGACGCUCAGUUAAGGGUGCGUGGGGUUCAGCACUUGCGUGUUAUUGACGCAUCCAUUAUUCCCACAUUAGGAAACUCGAACACUAAUGCUCCAGUAAUAAUGAUAGCGGAGAAGGCGUCAGACAUGAUCAAAGAAGCUUGGAAAUGAACGCACCCGUUCCCCAAAGAGAACACGUGAGUUCAGAAUGUUAAAAUCAAAUAUACCUGUCAUGGACCCUAAUAUAGGAGACAAAUAAUUACUGCAUAUUAAUGUCACAUAUCUUGAUAUACAUUAUUCGAAAUUGAUAUAAUUCUUGUGGGAUUAAAUGAUACUGGUUGAUCUGUUG